AUGAACGUCAGAAAGGCCAUCGUGGAGGGUUCCACGGAGAGGCCAGCCAGGUUUUUGCAGGUGGCUUUCAACCAGGACGAUUCGUGCUUCAGCGGGGCGACGGAAGAUGGGUUUGUUAUCUACAACACUGAUCCCCUGGCUUGCAAGCUGCUGAGAAGGUUUCAGCCGGCGGAAGAGGGCAGGAUGAGUGGUGCCGGUACGGGGAUUGGCUACACAAGAAUGCUUUAUCGCACAAAUUACACAGCGUUGGUCGGUGGGGGCAAGAGGCCACGGUACCCUCUGAACAAACUGGUUAUCUGGGAGGAUCUGCAACAGCGGGAAAGUGUGGUCUUGAAGUUCAUGUCACCGAUAAAGCAGGUAUUUCUGUCAAGGGUGCAUAUAAUAGUGGUGCUGGAGUCGUCAGUGGAAGUUUUCCAAUUCCAAAGCGCGCCCAAGAGGAUAUGUCCAUCUCUGGAUAUAUAUCCACACGGCACUGUUGACUUUGUGGUUUCUCAGGCUCGUUAUAGAAGAGAGUCGCAGGGAUCUACGGGCAACAGUCGUGGGGUUCAUAACGGGGCAGCCAGCGAGGUUAGCUCCGCUAACGGCGGUGUGAACGGGAUCAUAGCGUUCCCAUCUGCCAGGAGCGUAGGGCAAGUGCAUAUUGCUGAUCUUUCGCGCUUGAAACAUAACGACCAGAAUCCUGAAGGUACGCAAUUACUGCCCACUUCGAUCAUCAAGGCACACAAGACGCCCAUAAGGUUCCUGCGGCUCAACCACCAGGGAACCAUGAUUGCGACCUGCUCGGUUCAAGGAACCUUGAUCCGUUUGUUCAGCACCCACAAUGGAUCGCUGAUAAAAGAGUUCAGGCGAGGCUCCGAUAAAGCAGACAUCUACGAAAUGGCAUUCAGUCCCAAAGGCUCCAAGUUGGCCGUGGUAUCAGAUAAACAAACCCUUCACAUCUUCCAGAUCUCUCUCGGGAAGGAAAAUAAUGGCGGCGAUGAACACAGCAGAAACAAGACUCACGCACUCAGGAAAUAUGUCCCCUCCAGUUGGAAACCGAGGUAUUUAGAUUCAGUAUGGUCGAUGUGUAGCGUGCAUUUAAGGAAUCCCAUGCUGAGGGAUAGCGACGGGGACGCAAGACUACAAAGGGACAAGUGCAAGAUAGGCUGGUGCAAAUAUGCUGAGAGCGAGAGUGGCAACGAUUCCGACGAAGAGGACAGUCUCGUUCUAGUAUGGAGAAAGACCGGCAUUUGGGAGAAAUACGUCAUCUUGGAGAGGGAACCGCAGCAGGCUUCCAAGCAUGUCUACAGCGCGCAGGAGACGCUGCGGAAUGAAGCAAGCACUCCCACACAAUGGGAGCUCGUCCGUGAGUCUUGGAGAGAACUCUAA